ACUCGGCCUUCAUCGGAUGUAACUAGAAGAUUAUCGUUGUUGUGUUGUUGUGAUCAAUUAUUAUCACAAUUCAUAAGAAAUAUAGUGUUUUACUGGCAUUAAACGAAAAUAUAGAUAGUUUAUAUAGAAAUUAAUCAAAAACUAAUAGAAAUUUUCAUGUGAAAGAUGGAUUUCCUAGCGAAAAAAGGCAAAUCAGAUGAUUUUGAUGUAACAGGCGUGUCGAGAAGUGGGCGUGUCCGCAAGAAGUCCUCAAAGUUGAUGGAUUUUGAAUCUCCUGAUGAAAUCGAGAAGCCCAAGCGUCAAUCAAUUCCACACAAGAAGGCUGACUUCGGAAAUAUCUCACCGAAAAAAUUACCUGGGGAAGACGACAUGAUGAAACCAGAAUACGACUACGAUGACAUCGUCAGCCAGGAAAGCACUUCGGACUAUGAAGCGGAGCCAUUCCACGAACUCCAGAUUCCUUCCAGUGAAUCAAUGGACGAAUCACAAAGCGACAUGGAGGAAGAAACGCCGCAGGCUGGUUUCCGUCGAAUUGAUGAAAUGCCCGCGCAGACAAUCUACGCUAGUCCUUCGGAUAAGUCACCAAAGAAACGUCUGAUCAUCAAGGAUAAUAAAGUAAUCAAAGCGAAAACACCGAAGAAAGAAAAGGGUAAAGCUAAAAUGACUGCGUAUAUGUUAUGGGCGCGUGAACAACGCGCUAAGAUUCUUUUGGAGACACCUAAGUUAGAUUUCGCGUCCAUUUCGAAACGUCUCAGUGAAUUAUGGGCGUGUGUUACUACAAGCGAAAAAGAUGCUUGGCAACGUCGUGCGAAACGACUCAACUCGAAAUUACAGCCGUUUGCACCCGAACAACCCGAUGCAGGCCGUGCUAAUAAAAAAUUCAUUUCUCAUUCUCCUUCACAACGUGGUACUGGAGGCGGUGUUAAAUUCGGGGCGGGUGGGCAUACACCAGGAGGGUCUUACCAACUGGGCGUGCCAAAUGUAGGUAACACUUUAUCCCCCGAUAGUCCUCGAUCAAGAGAAGUGGCUAAGCCAGGUAUUAAACCGAUAGAUGUCGCUGCACAUCUCAAACUCCUUGGUGAGAGUUUGACGAUAAUUGGAGAACGACUCAAGGAACACGAAGGACAAAUUGCUGUUUCUGGUAGUUUGUCAGUAUUAUUAGAUUCGUUACUUUGCGCUCUAGGACCUUUGCUGUGUUUGACGCAACAGGUGCCUGAAUUACAGGAGAAUUGUUGCACGCCGGAACAAUUGACGAAGAUUGUUGAUAAUGUCGCGUUUAUUAUGCCAGGACUGUAAUUUUUGACGUUUAUUUGUAUAAAUAUGUUGGAAAAUUAAAGGUUUUUUUUGUGUAAUUCAAAA